AUGCCCACAUUUCCAAGGGUGACUGUGGGGAUAAUUGCAAAUGAACACGUUCUUCCUACAAGCAUAGCCUGGUCCUUAUGCGGAGGUGGUCUUGGUUUGGCCUACGACAAGCUGAGACAAGAUUACAAUUUUGACGACUUUGAGUUCAGGUUCCUUAUCGGAUACAGCGACUGCGAUCUUGCUACAACGCUUGGACUUGGCAUCGAGUAUAUGUCGCGACAAAAUGCUGACGUCGUCUUAGGACCACCAUGUCCGGAAGCAGGGCUGAUAAUGGCACAUCUGUCAAACGUCUAUAAAAAAGCAUGGUUGGGAUGGGGAUACGUCAACAAUCCAGAAUUUUCUCUUGCUGACAAAUAUCCGUUGAUUUCGACACUUGCAGCUUCUGCAGCUACGGUAGGUCAAUGUGCUCUGGAAGUGAUAACACGAUUUCGAUGGGACAUUGUCUCAAUAAUCUACACAACUAAUGAAGUGCGAUUCUGUGACGACAUAAUGGACUCUUUAAUGAAUUCGCUCAGCGAUGCAAACGCUGCUUUUACGCCUAGAAUUGCUCUCAAACAAAUCGUAGAUCCUAAUGAUGAUGAAUCAUUCAAGCAAACCUUACGACAGAUUAAGGCUAGAUCACGUGCCUUGAGAGAUUCUACUAAGCGAGCGCAAGUACAAGCACAAAUAUUCGAACUCAACGCGAUCUCCAAAUUAGUUGAUGAUUCACUAGCAACAUUUACGGCCACAGUUGAUUCUCUGAUCGACACUUUGAAUGAGGAGCAAGAAGCUCAAGCGCAAGAAUACAUAGACAAAGCGCAUGCAAACUUAGACAGCGCACGAUCACUCGCUAUCGACUUAGAAGCAAAAAUGUACAGCGCGCAUGACCAGAUGAAUUUCGAAGCAGACAAAACAGUAUGGGAAGGACAGAUAAUGGCAAAACCAAAACUGCCAGCUAUCCCUAUUCCGAUUUUCUCGGGCAGAACCAUACAAUUCCAUUUGGAACACUCGGAAGAAAAUCACGAACUUGCGCAAGAAAUUCGCGAAAACCUCUACGUCGAUAAUCUCAUACUUUCUGCACAAACCGUAGAGGAGGCACGAGAUAAAGCCUUAAGAGCCCGCACAAUCUUUAAGAACAUGAAAAUGAAUUUGAGAGAAUUCGCUUCAAACGACAUUUGCUUGAGAGAAAUCUUACCUGAAGAAGCGUGCGCAAAAAUCACCACAAUGAAACUCUUGGGAAUCAGAUGGGAAACGACGUCGGAUCUUUUGUCAAUAUACUGUGAACUACCACCCACAGAAACAGUCACCAAAAGAGUCAUUGCACGCCAGAUUGCUUCGGUAUAUGACCCCUUUGGAUGGCUAACUCCACUCCUAACGAAACCAAAAAGAUUUCAGCAAGAACUGUGGGAGAAAAAAUUUGACUGGGACACGAUACUUCCUACUCCCCUCGUCCAAAAAUGGAAUGAAAUCAGGCAGUAUGCUCAUGGUUUUCAGAAAACUUUCUCAAGACGAGUCCCUCAAAAUUCGACGUUGGCCAUAUUUUCAGAUGCCAGCGAAAUAGCUAUGGCCACAUGUGCCUACCUUUUUGACGGUUGUACGGCUACUUUGAUAGCAGCGAAGUGCAAAUUUCCUUCAAUACAAGGAAAAACCACGAUACCAAAGAUGGAAAUGAAUGCACUCACAAUGGCGGUCAGACUCGCCCUUUCAAUUUUCAAUGCAAUUGGGAAAGGUAACAAAACACACUAUAAAGAAAUCUAUAUUCUUGCAGACUCAAAAAUUGCCUUACACUGGAUUUCCACAACUCAAGACCGAAAAGGAGCAGGAGUCCUUGUAAGCAACAGAGUCGCAGAAAUAUAUAGAAUUCUGGAGACCUUACAAGAAGCAGGAGUUACAGUACACUUCAAAUACGUCCCCACAAGCGAUAAUCCAGCGGACGCAGGGACGAGAGGACUAACAAAAGACCAACUGAAAAACCAUAUUUGGUGGCACGGGCCGGAAUUUCUCAGAAAAAACAAUUCAGAGUGGCCAACUUUGGACUUUUCUGUGAACAUCAAAGACCCGGAAAAAAUAGCAAUAAUAAACUCUAUCAUUGACAACCCCACAGAAUCAGCGGAACAUCUGAUGCAGUUGGAGAGAUACAGCACUUUUACAAAGGCAAAAAGGGUUACCUCUUGGGUACUACUCUUUCUUCUGAAAACCAUGAGAGGCUUACCUCAAGAAAAAAGAAGACAAGUUGAAAAUGCUCUGGAAGUACAAAGUGAGAAAAACCCUGAUAUACCUAUUCAGGAUGCUACAAUUGCGCGCGAGGAAAAAGAAGAAUCAGAGCUUCUGGAGAUGGAGGAAGAGAGUGAAGCAAUGGUUGAGGAAUCAGUGGAAGUCGAAAUGAUGAGAGAAGGACCACCCCCCCUCGUCGAAGAAGAGGAGGAGUUUGAUUACGAAGAGGAUGAUGAGGAGGGGGUGAAUCUCGAUGAGGUGACCGUGGGAAUUAUUGCAAGUGAACAUAUUCUUCCUACAAGCAUAGCAUGGUCAUUAUGCGGAGGUGGUCUUGGUUUGGCCUACGACAAGCUGAGACAAGAUUACAAUUUUGACGACUUUGAGUUCAGAUUUCUUAUCGGAUACAGCGACUGCGACCUUGCCACAACGCUUGGACUUGGCAUCGAGUACAUGUCGCGACAAAAUGCUGACGUCGUUCUCGGACCACCAUGUCCAGAAGCAGGUCUGAUAAUGGCACAUCUGUCAAAUGUCUAUAAAAAAGCAUGGUUGGGAUGGGGAUACGUCAACAAUCCAGAAUUCUCUCUUGCUGACAAGUAUCCGUUGGUUUCGACACUUGCAGCUUCUGCAGCUACGGUAGGCCAAUGCGCUUUAGAAGUGAUAACUCGAUUUCGGUGGGACAUUGUCUCAAUAAUCUACACAAGUAAUGAAGUGCGAUUCUGCGACGACAUAAUGGACUCCUUAAUGAAUUCACUCAGCGAUGCAAACGCUGCUUUCGCGCCUAGAAUUGCUCUCAAGCAAAUCGUAGAUCCGAAUGAUGAUGAAUCCUUCAAGCAAACCUUACGACAGAUUAAGGCUAGAUCACGUGGAAGAAGUGGAGCUGGGAAGGAAGUCCUAACCAAUGGCCUCACUCCUGUCUGGGAAGAUGGUGUUAAUGGCAAUGCCGAUGGCAUGGAUGCUGUGGCUAAAUCUGCUGCAAAGUUUAUGAUUGUUCUUGAUAUAAACUCCGACAACAUAAAUCAGACGUACUUUUCCUACUUCAAAACCAACGCGAUUCCGAGAGUACGACAACCCCCACUGGACUGCAAGACAGUCGAGUGUCUGAGCAAUACCGGUAAAACGAAUGGAUUGUUUGCGAGGCAGUUACAUGACACUUUCUAUGCGUAUGGUUUGGGUCUAACACGAGAACCGACGUACUAUCAUGAUGCUGAGAACAUCACGAAUGCCAUGGGAGUGGAUUUUGCAGGUCUUACUGGACAGAUAACAAUGACAGAAAAUAAUACCCGAGCAGCCGACUUUAUGCUGUAUUUCCUCGACGCAAAUAUGAAGCAGGACGUCUACAUGCAGAUGACCUAUCUGGGCACAUCCAAAUUGAAUAUCACCUUAUUCUUUGACGACGAGCGAACCUCUAUCUGGGCAUCAAGGAGUGGAGCUAGGCCAAUAUCGGUACCAAUCUGCGGCUUUUCUGGAACAGAUUGCCCUAAGGAAUUCUGGAAAGAAUAUGCGUUGUACGUCGGAAUAGCUAUAGCAUUAAUAGUUAUCUUCAUUGUUGUCAUCGCCUGCUUGCUGAUUCACUUUAUCAGAGAAAGACUGCGUGCUCAACAACGUUUGAUGGAUGAGUGGAAAAUCGCAUACAGCAGGAUUACGCUUGUUACAGCUAAGGAGCUCGAGAAAAAUACCAGAAGUUAUCGUUCUCUACAAUCCGGACCAUCCACAAUGACAGCCAGUAGCGUUUUUGAGAAUGAGGAUAGUAUCUUUACAGCUGCUAUUCUCGACAAGGAUCCUGUCCUGAUCACAAAACAUCCUCCCACCAUGCUGUCGAAGACAUUCUACGAGAACUGUUAUAAGCUGCGCAAGCUGGACCAUGACAACAUGAACAAAUUCCUUGGCUUCUCCUUCGAUGGUUUGGAUCACGUAGCUGUCUGGAAAAUGUGUCCAAGAGGCAGUUUAUUGGCUGUAAUCUCCAAAUCUGCCCUGUCUACAGAUUCGUUUUUUGUACAAUGCAUCAUUCGUGAUGUGGCAGAGGGCCUCAACUUCCUUCAUCGCUCUUUCGUCGGUUUCCAUGGUCGUUUGACUUCGGCAUCCUGUCUUCUUACCGAUACUUUCCAAGUGAAAAUCUGCGAUUAUGGAGUGUCAGAACUGACCAGAAUUUUGGAAACAAAGCAUAAACUUUGGACAGCUCCCGAAGUGCUUAGAGCCAGUGCACCACCUAAUACCAAACCUGGAGACAUCUACUCAUUCGCCAUAAUCGCAGCGGAAGUUAUUACUAGAAGACCAGCCUGGUUACUGUAUGGUGACAAUAUGCAUCCUGAAGACAUCAUCAUCAGAAUCAAAAAGUCGGGAUCCACUCCAACUCGUCCUAUAUUACAGCUAGAUAUGCUCGACGUUCCAGCUGAGCUAGUCACAUUGGUGCGCAGCUGCUGGAGAGAAAAUCCGGAAAGUCGACCGUCGACAGAUCUGAUAUGUGAGCAGAUUAGGGAAUUUAUGAGGACUGCAGGACAAACAAACCUUAUGGAUCAUGUAUUCGCCAUUCUGGAAGAGCACACAGUUUCCUUGGAGCUGGAGGUUGAAGAUCGAUCUAAAGAACUUGUCGAAGAAAAAAAGAAAGCAGACCUUUUGCUUGGACGCAUGUUGCCGAAGCAAGUAGCUGAAAGGCUAAAGCUGGGUCAAUCCGUGGAACCUGAAGGUUUUGACAGUGUGACUGUCUUCUUUUCUGAUGUUGUCAAAUUCACCCAACUUUCAGCAAAAUGUACUCCUUUCCAGGUUGUCAACCUUCUGAACGAUCUAUAUGGCAACUUUGAUACGAUUAUUGAAGAGCACAGCGCUUAUAAGGUAGAAUCUAUAGGUGAUGGCUACUUAUGCGUGUCGGGACUCCCAACUAGAAAUGGCUUCGAACAUAUCAAAGAGAUUGUAGAAAUGUCACUUGGCUUUAUGGAGUACUGCGCCAAUUUUAGGAUAGGUUGGCUUCCUAGAGAACGAGUUCAGCUCCGAAUUGGCGUCAACAGUGGCCCAUGCGUGGCAGGAGUUGUCGGACUGAGCAUGCCUCGCUAUUGUCUUUUUGGUGAUACGGUAAACACAGCGUCUCGAAUGGAAAGCAAUGGAAAACCUGGAAAAAUUCAUCUGAGUGGAAAUGCGUAUGCAUUACUGGAACGUCAUUAUGCUGGACUCUACGAUACCGAAAGCCGCGGUGACGUCAUCAUAAAGGGAAAAGGUGUUAUGGAAACUUACUGGGUUCAUGGCCGCCGUGGAGAGUAUGCAAAUGCUUAUCGCAAUGAGGAUGAACAUGAAGAGAAAGAAGAAAAAGCGAUGAUAGAUGUACACGCGAGUAAGAGCAUCGACGACAUCGAUGUCGUCGAACCUAAUAAUGCCCUUUAUAGGGAGUACAAACUCCAGAACACGUGA